CCAAGAAAGAGGAAGUGGAAAGAAUAAUUAAUGUAGAAGAUGUGGAGGAUAUGGACAUAUCAGUUGAUGACGUGGAUGACUCACCUUCGCAAGGACUCAAACUAAAGAUAAAAAUUCCAGAGUCUUCACCAGAGAAGCCAACCACUCCAAAAUCCUCCAAAGUCAAAUCUGAAAAGAGCAAGUCGUCUGGCACCAAAAAGAGUGGCAAAAAGAAAGAUGGCAAAGGAGAAGACGACACAGACAGUGAGGAGGAACGAUGGCUGGAUGCAAUUGAGUCAGGAAAGUUGGAAGAGGUUGAUGAUGAGCUAAAAAGAAUGAAGAACCCCAGACUGAUGACAGCAAGACAGCGAGCCAUGCUAGAGAAAAGGAGUGAUGGGACGGAUGAUGCACUUCCAGUUAUACCAGCAGAACCUCUCUUAUCUUUGCCAUCAGGUUUCAAAGAAAAGGUUGUCACAGAAGAAAUGUUGGCUAAAAAAGCAAUGAAAACACAGAAGAGAAGAGAACAGGCUCAGGAGAAGAGGGAGGAGGAUAAGAAAAAAACUGUUGAUCGCCUUCUUAAAAAACAAGAUUCUAAAAUAGCAAAAAUAAGCAGACAGAAAUUUUCCAAGAAGGAAAUUCCAGUAUAUUCUUACAUUAAUAACACGGAAAUGGUAGGACUGUCUGUACCAGUUGGCUUCCCAUUUCCGUUGGAGGCACAAUGUGAGAAAGAAAAACCAUUGGCCAUUAGGUGUGGAGCUCCAGGAUGUAGCAAGGUCAAAAAAUAUAAUUGCUCAAAGACAGGAGUACCUCUCUGUAGCCUGCAGUGUUAUAAGUUAAAUUUCAAUGCAAACAAGUCAGUCAUCGCAACCUAACUGUUAAUGCUCUGUAUUUAUUUUAUAAUAAAGUAUAUUAGAUUU